AUGUUACUUCGCCUUACGAUAAUCGAGGCGCAAAAUUUACCCGCAGCAGACUGCUUUUCAAAGAAGAACCCCAAAUGGCAUGAAGAACUCCGGUUCAUGAUCGAUCCACACAAUCUACCGUCUAUCCUCUUCGAGAUCUACGACUGGGAUAGAUUCAAAACCGACGACUUUCUCGGUCACGCAUCGUUGGCACUCAAACAACCAAUUAAGGGUGAUCUGUGGUUAAAUUAUCAGUUCAAGGUAAGCUCCACAUAA